AUGGCAGCAGUCGUCGGAGGGGAUUUUAGCCGAGUUUUGACUGCAUUCAGAGGAACCGUUGGGUAUCUUGCCCCGGAGUGGCUUGCCGGAGUUCCUGUUACACCAAAAGUUGAUGUUUAUAGCUUCGGUAUGGUGCUGCUAGAAAUUAUAUCAGGAAGAAGAAAUUCAGCUGAUGUACACAGUGGCACUGGCAGUAGUGGUCAUGUUGAAUACUUUCCUGUGCGAGCCAUCAGAAAGCUUCAUGAGGGAGAUGUGCAGACUUUGAUGGAUCCACAAUUACAUGGUGACUUCAAUUUAGAAGAGGCUAAAAGAGUUUGCAGAGUUGCAUGUUGGUGCAUCCAAGAUAAUGAGGAUAAUAGGCUUACAAUGAUUGAAGUAGUCCAGAUCCUUGAGGGUCUACAAGAGGUUGGCUUGCCCCCGAUGCCAAGACUACUAGCAGCUAUGACCCAAUCCUCCGACGGCGCUUCAUAG